GAGGGAAAAGCCAUCCUCCCUCCAUAGAUCCAACAGUGGGCAGGCAGGAUACGGAUCCAAGCUCUCCUCCCUCCCACUCUGUUGCAUCCAUCCAUUCUCUUCUCUUCUCUUAUCCAUCCAUCCAUCUCUUCAUCCACCCAUUCAUUCCCAAGGGCGUCACAAGGGGUGACAAGACCCGACUGGAAGGCGCCUAUGUAUGCGUGUGUAUGCGUUAGUCCUCCGUGUAUGUCUAUGUAUGUGCGUAUCUGGUCUGCCUGUGGACCCGCUGAGAUGAGGAGCUGAAACAGAACCGACAGAAGGAUGAAAAUGCUCCGGUUUCGCAGCCCCAGCAUCCGCUCCUUGGACCAGGAGGUCCUCUGCACGAUCCGUUUACUGGACGACUCCGAGGUCUCCUGCAGCAUCCAGAGAGACACCAAAGGCCAGUUCCUGUUGGACCAUGUGUGUAACCACUACAACCUACUUGAGAAAGACUACUUUGGUAUUCGAUAUGUGGACCCCGAGAAACAGAGGCACUGGCUGGAGCCCAAUAAGCCUGUGGUGAGGCAGAUGAAGUCAGCUCAGCAGCCGUACACAAUGUGUUUCCGGGUCAAGUUUUAUCCCCACGAGCCUAUUAAAAUCAAGGAGGAGCUCACCAGGUAUCUCCUGUACCUCCAGUUGAAGAGAGAUAUCUACCAUGGUCGUCUCCUCUGUCCAUUUGCUGAAGCUGCAUAUCUGGGAGCCUGCGUCAUACAGGCUGAGCUCGGGGACUACGACCCAGAGGAGCACCCGUCAGACUACAUUAGAGACUUCAAGCUGUUCCCUAAACAAUCCCUCAAACUGGAGAGGAAGAUUAUGGAAAUACACAAGAACGAGCUCAGGGGCCAGUGUGCCGCAUUUGCAGAGUUGAACAUGCUCCAAAAGGCUCACAGCCUUGAGACAUAUGGAGUUGACCCCCACCCAUGCAAGGAUUUCACAGGCUCCACAGCCUUUCUCGGGUUCACAGCCACAGGGUUUGUCGUCUUCCAGGGAAACAAGAGAAUCCACCUCCUAAAAUGGGCUGAUGUUAGCAAGCUGAAGUUUGAAGGGAAAACAUUUUACGUCAUCGGGAUUCAGAAAGAGAUCUCCUUAACAGGCAGGAUUCACUGUAACAGGAUGUCAUCACUGAAGAAGCUGGUGUUGACAUUUCACACAUCGACCCCUGCUGCGUGUAAGCACUUAUGGAAGUGCGGGGUGGAGAACCAAGCCUUUUACAAGUGUGCCAAGUCAAGUCAGAUAAAGACAGUUUCCAGCAGUAACAUCUUCUUCAAAGGCAGCAGGUUCAGAUACAGCGGAAGAGUAGCCAAAGAGGUGAUAGAAGCCAGCUCUAAGAUUCAAAGAGAGCCACCAGAAGUGUGCAGAGCCCAGUUUGGUCAGAGUCGAAGUUUUAACUCUCUGAGCCAUAAAAACCUCAUCAUGAACAUGGAACCGCUGGUACCCGCACUGCCCUCCACCAACGAAUAUGAAGAGACCGCCACAGACAAUGGUGUUGUUUCCGUGAAGGACUCUGUCCCCUUGUCUCCUUUGAAAACUUCAGCUGCACCUGCAGACACAGAGCAACGAAGUGAUGAAGGAGGAAACUCUGCUUUAGGCAACAACUUGCAGCCUCCCCGUGUUUCCAUGGAAACCUCAAAUCUCCGACCUCAGACACCAAAAGCUAAAGAUGAAGUGGAGGAAGACGACGAGGCCAGCGGCCCACUCACCAUUUCUGAGCUUGUCUACAGCCCUUGUGCCAGCAUGCUACCCACCCCAGUGGAUGACAGUCAGGGAGGUGUCGACUUGCUUUUCUCCUCUCCGGUCCAAAGCCCCGCCAGGUUGCUGAGGGAGCUCCAUGCCGACCCUGACAUCCAGGCCCAGCUGGAGGCAGAGAGGGAGCGAGACCGGGCUUAUGAACGCACCCGACUGGCUGCAAGAAGUCGAAUGGGUGGAGUCCUGACAAGCAGCCUGCUCCGGCUGUCGUCCAAUGAGAGAGUCAACGCAUGUUUGCUGAGCGUGGCCCGCUUUGUUGCCGUGGUAAUGGGCGUCCUGCUUGUCACUGUGCCCACACUGCUGCUACUGCUGGAGUCAGACAUUGACGUGUCGUUCCUCCACGAGAUCCGCCAGACGCCGGAGUUUGAGCAGUUUCACUACGAGUAUUACUGCCCACUCCGGCGCUGGAUCCUGUGUAGGAUCAGCAUGGCCAUGGAGAACCUGUGGUCAGACUGAGGAGGGGAAGGAGAGAGUGAGGAGUCACUGCAGGGGGGAAUAUGCCCAAAUGUCUGUCUUAACGUAUCAUUUAAUCUUAUAUUCAGUCUCAACAACUGGUGAGACAAAAGAAACCAGUCUGCCAAUGGGAUGAAAUUAGUUCACUUGGAGAGCAGGUGCAAUGGAUCAAUGGAGGGCUCACACAAUAGCUGUAGGAGGCAUUGUUAAAAAGAUGCCUGAGAUGGAAAUACUGUCAGAUCUCUUUGUACAACAUUAUUUUUGAUUGAAUUAAACUGAAACAAGUAAAUUAGUUUCACCUCUUUGGCGGCAUAAUUUAGUGUCUUGAAGAAAAAAAGAGAGAUAAAUAAGAUUUUAAUAAUAGGAUCCAAUCACUUGUUAAGAUUGACACUUUUGGCAGGCAGUGAUGAACUGAAAAGAAAGAAGACAAGAAACAUUGUUAAGUGUUCGAGGAAGAACCUGUGGGGGGGAAACAUCAUGAAAAUAAAAAAAACGAGGGACGUUAUGGACAGAGAAAAAGUCACUAAAAGAUUCAGAAAAGAAAAAAGUGGUUGGUUUUAUUUUAAUAGAAGUUUUAAAGGUCUGUUCACUCCUGAUGCUGACUAGCUGAUGCAAUGACUCUUUGGUAAACAUCGCAAACCAUUCUGAUUGGUUCUCGCCCUCAGAGUGGAGCACCUGAUUGGUCACAGAUUCUGUCAGUCAUGACGGAGUUGGUGGAGACAGAAGGAGAAAUUAUUGAUUUGUCACUGAACGCAACAAUAGCCACAGUCAGAGGUACAUUAUAUAUAUUUAAAAACAAGAGAGAAAUAUUGAUAGUAAAUACCAAUCUUAAAUAAGUUGUUUUUAACGUUUUGUACAUUUUUAUGUGAUCCAGAUCUUUCAGGAAUUUUUCAGUCAGAGGAUCUACUUUGAGUUUAUUUUGAAAUUAAGAGUUUACAAAAGAUUACAAAAAAAGCAAAUUUAUUGAAGUUUAUCGGGGUAAUGGGUGUUGAGAAAUUUAAGAUAUUUUUUAGGCUACCGUCAGCAUUUGUUGACUCGGUAGCACCCUGGGUUUUUCCUACAGAGGCUAUAGCACAAAUCUUUUACACAGACCACAGAUUACAGCUGUUUCAGAUUAUGUGAUGUCAUUUUGGAAACAGAAGGGCAGCAGAGGAGAGAAACGUUGGUCUGUUUGUGAUGAUAAAACUUGUGUUUUGUUGAACUUCUAAAUGUCUUCUGAACUAAAUGUUAGCUCAUUAAUUAAGGCUUCUAGUGCAUAGUUCAGUGUGUUUUAAAAGAGUUUUAACAUAAAACAUAUAAAGAAAUGCUUAAGGAAGAAGAAGUUACUUGUAGGCCUUUGUUUAAAAGUUACUGUGGUAAUGGGUAAAACCGUUAUUUUGGGUAAUUUGUUAAUCGAUGGUGUGCUACUUUUGGGAGAGCUCUGCAUAUGUUUCAGAGUGAUAUGAAGUGAUAGGAUGGUACACUCAAAAUGCCCAAAGGAACAGGUGUGUGUACUCCAACUACACUGCUGCUACGUGACACAUGAUAGGACAAGUGAUGCGUUCAAUGGUCUUAAUCUCUCAUACAGGUCUUUCUCUGGUUAGAUGUUGAUCAGACCGAACGAACAUGGUACAGUAGGAGUACAGUUGCAGGUAUUUAUCUUCAGCAUUUUAGUAACUAAUUCAAACUAGAAAUGAUAUGUAGCCAUUUCUAAGAAUAUCUGUGGUAACAUCAUGUUGAGCAUCCUCUGUUUAUCAUUUAGAUGACUACAACUGUUCAUAUAUGACAGUAUAUUCUCAUUUUAAUAUCAGUGACCAACAAGACAGAGUUAUCAGUAAUUAUAUAGAUGGGGAAGAUGUUUAAAAGGGAGGUUUGAGAAAUUUGAUUCUUGGUCUAAGUAGAUAUAAAGCUGUUUUUAUGGACAUUCUCUGCUCAUAUGGCUGGGGUUCCCCAAAAUGUCUUGAGCUGUGGAGUCAAAGAUGAAAAAUAACAAGGCUAAAACCAAGAGGCAAUGCAAAAACCACAUUUGGUACAGAAAAAUAGAUCAAGGAAUUAACUGUAGGUUGUGACUUAAUUCUGGGUGUUUAUUUGUUGCAAAUUGUGUUGGUCUUUGUAAUUCAGUAUACAGUAUGAUCUUGUGUACUUGGAAUCAUCAUUUGACUAAAGACUAAAUCAGUCUCCUGUAGCUCUGAUGAGAAGUCACUUUUGGGAACGUACAGCCAUCACCGCGUGAUUGUUCAUCAUACAGACAGUGCCUGUCAGUUACAGUAUCGUGCAUGGAGAUGAGAACAGAGAGCAACAACGAUGAUCAAAUGAAUUUUUUUUAAAAAGAAGUUCUGUUCAAAAUGUAGGUUGAUUUGGAUCAACUUCUCAGGAAAGGGCAUUAGCAGUUCAAAAAAACAAAUACAGUAUAUGUCUAAAACACCUGCAUCUAAUCACAGCAUACACCAUAUAGUUUAUCCAUAAAAUUAAUACAGUACAAUACAUGUCUUGCCAUUAUGCUAUUGUAAUUAUCCAAACACUGUAUGUAUUUAUACCAAGUCUGUAACUAGACAUAAAUAUGGCUGUCUGUGUUGUUGUAGCAUCAUUUCACUCAAUUACAUAUGCAUCCAAAAAUAUUACCCAAAAAGUCUUUACUGUUGAUAGCUGCAGUUUGGCCAUAGCUGAACCUCCAUACUGCUUUAUGGCAGAGCGGACAGUCAGUUGGUAUGCUGCUAUCAAAGUAGGAGUAGCAACAUGGAGUUUAAAGCAGCCAAUCUCUCUAUCAAAGCUCUCACACAUUAUUUAGGCUCCUAUUAAAAAUGUAACUUAAUGCUUUAAAGUUAAUUUUCAGAAAUCACUCUUCAUACUCUUCCGCUGCUACAGAGGCCUCUGCAGUGCAUCAUGAAAGCCCUCUCAUUAUAAUUGAUCAAACACUUCGAAACACAAACACUCACAUUAUCAGCUGUGUUGUCAUAUAUCUCUGUAAACUUUAUGCAUCAACAAGCUUUAUGCAUAUAGAAAAUAUGCAGUAACAACAAAAACGUGUUUAUUUGGGACAAAGCAUUUAUUUUCCUACUACAGCACAUGCACUGAGUUUCAAUGCUGAAACCAAGCGAAGGGCCAAACCACUAUGAUGAUGACGUUUGCAUUUAACAUCACAGACUCUGAGCUUCACUGUAGUGGAUGAAGCUGAUCUGUAUGCACUGCUAAAUGAUCACCAUCAUCUCAUUAUAACUUACAGAGGGGGAUAUCAUUAUGAUCAUCCUGUCUUGUUCAUGUUUAACUGUUGCUCCACUGGUAUGCACAUGCACCAAAAUGCUCAAGCGAUUCACUGUAGAUUUAAAAUAGAAGUUUCUCUGUAUAGGCUUCAUGUACACAGCUGCACCAACGUAGUUUGUCCCCGGCUUUGGUCCUUUAUUUCUGUGCUCAAUCCCCCUCUAACUAACCCGGGGUAUCUCUCACUCUGACCUCUCAAUGCAAAUUGCAUGCCCUCAUCUGUAAAUACUGUGUCUAUAGUUGUGGCAAAAAAAAAAUCUUUCUUUCUUUCCUCUGCGUGUCUUGUCCAUAUAACGUAAUCUAAAAUUAAGCCUUGGCUGUCUUGACCAUCAUAGAUGAAUGCAUGUUCUCUGUGUUUUUACCAAGAGGAAGAAGAGGAAAAAGAUAGAGUAAUAAAUAGAGUCUUUUCUCUAAAUCAAAAUUAGACAUUGGUCAUCUGUUUUGUGACCACAUCUAAAAGCCAAACUAUGUGCUUUGGGCUUCAUUUUAACUAUUGACUUGACAAGACUGAAUACAUGUGGUUGCUAAUUCUGUUAGCUUCCUUUCAGCUGUUCAAAAAAAAAAAGAUUUCUUGAUGGCUGCUUGGAAGCAAUUAUUUUACAAUCUCUUAAAGAACAGCUUUAACAUUUUUGACUAUUUAGCUUCAUUGUGCUUUUGCUGUGCGUGUUUAAAUCAUUAAAGCCAGACGCUAAAUACUAACACCAUAACCUCAUUGCUAACUGAGAAUGCUAUUAACUGAAUCGAUUAAAUUUAGGAACAUUAAUUGUUUUUAAGAUGUUUAAAAAAAAAACUUACCAAAUGAAUGGAGACACCUCAAGUCAUUGCAAACAACAAAAGGCCUUUCGGUUCUGUGAUUAAAAACAGAUAUUUGGCCCCAUAUGACAUUGUAGCAUUUUAUUAGUUUGUAGCUCAUUCAUCAGUUUAGCCUAUGGCUUUAAAAGGGAAUUUCACCCCUUUGAGAUUUAGCUCUUGUUUUGAGCUACUGAAUCUGAGUUCCUGUGUUUUACAGCAUAUAGAUGGACCGAGAGUACAGCUUUUGUUUUUGUUGUUCCAUAAAACUGUGAUUAAACAUCAUCAAGAUCACACACCAGUUGAUGUCAUAUCUGAGGUAUUAUUACUAAGUUCUUGACAUGAGUCAAGUAUUUACAAACCUUAAAUUUAAUUACCUGCCUUUAAUUGUCAGUCAAAGUAACACCCAAAAUUCAAAGCUGUUUAAACCUAAUACACAAAUACUGCUUUUAAUUUAUUUAUUUAAGAUUUUAAAUAUUUGAACUCAGGUCUACUAUAUGCAAAACUAUUGGACAUCACAUGGGAUAAGAGAAAAAUAAUCUGUUGUUCAUAGUAUUUCAGUGUUGUGUGGGCAUGUACAGUAGCAGAUCCUCUUGCACGGUCACUUUGUUGUUUUUGAUUGUUAGUCAAACUGAUUUGUUGUUUUAUUGGUUAGUCAAAUUGUUUUUGUUGACUUUUUUGUCAUUCAGUCUCUUUUAAUAAGAAACUCUGGGAGAUUUAAUUUAAGAAGAAUCAGAAUUUCUUUUUUUUCUUAAAUCUCUAAGUAAUGACCCCCUCUCUUCUGGGACAACCAAGCCUUAUGAACUUUGUGAAGUGAAAAUUUUGAAUGUUUGUAUGUUAUAAAAGAAAACAUGGAUUGUUUUAUAUGUUAAUACUGCCACAAUAAAGCUCCCUAAUGAAUAUAUAUUGAAA